AUGCCAGCAUCAAACAAAAGGAGUCGCGAUGGAGCCAAGAGCAAUUCGACCGCUGCUCAACAGUCGGCGGCAAAAAGACCCCGUCUCGGUCUACCCGUAGACCCUGCAAAUCUCCCUGAUGGGCCGUGGAAAAGGAAAUUGACCAAGGUGAAAAAGGAACUCUUUCAUCAAAAAAAGGUUGAAAAGCAUUAUGCCAAGGUCAAAGCCCGGUACCAGAGACAAAAGGAAGAACAGAAAAAGGUCGCUGCAGGCGGCGAAGUCCAUGUCCACCCGGAUGGCCAGGCAACAGCCACUGUAGAUGAGCAGGGUACAUCGAGCGAGGACGACACAGUCCAGGCCACUGAAGAGUCUCCUGCGGCUGCAGCAAAAUUGCCAUCACCACCCGACGCUACGGGAGAGGACCCCGUCAUCCAGAAGGGCAAGCCUCCGGCGACAUCUAACGGCGGCCGUCAGCGCGGGAAGCCGGCCUACUUCCAAAAGGAGCUGGCCGAGGCCGAGGAGCACAAGAGGGCCGCUGCCGAGCGCGAGGCGCAGGCCAAGGCUCGUGAGGAAGAGCGCGCCCGCAAGACAGCGGAGCGUGACCGGCUGCGCAAGGCCAUGGCCAAAGCUAGGAAGCCAUCGGCGAUGCCUGGCCGUCAUGGCGGCAGGGUGAAGCUGGGCCGCGAGAGUGGGAUUCUCCUCGACAAGGUCAAGAAAAUGGUGGGCCAGAACAGGUGA